CUGCGCGCCGGAAGCGGCCCAGCCUCUGCGCUUUGCCGCGGCUGCUGCCCGGCGGCCUGAGGCCGCUAUGCCGGUCACCGGGAAGACCUUCCGCCGGCGCCGGGCCGACUCUGAGUCGGAGGAAGAUGAGCAAGAUUCCGAGGAGGUCAGAUUGAAGCUGGAGGAGACCCGAGAGGUACAGAACUUGAGGAAGAGGCCCAACGGGGUGAGUGCUGCCGCCCUGCUGGUGGGGGAGAAGGUACAAGAAGAGACCACUCUAGUAGAUGACCCCUUCCAGAUGAAGACAGGGGGCAUGGUGGAUAUGAAGAAGCUGAAGGAAAGGGGCAAAGAUAAGAUCAGCGAGGAGGAGGACCUGCACUUAGGGACAUCAUUUUCCGCGGAAACCAACCGGAGGGACGAGGAUGCAGACAUGAUGAAGUACAUCGAGACAGAGCUGAAGAAGAGGAAGGGUAUCGUGGAGCACGAGGAGCAGAAGGCAAAGCCCAAGAACGCGGAGGACUGUCUGUACGAGCUCCCCGAGAGCAUCCGCGUGUCGUCGGCCAAGAAGACGGAGGAGAUGCUCUCCAACCAGAUGCUGAGCGGCAUCCCCGAGGUGGACCUGGGCAUCGACGCUAAAAUCAAAAACAUCAUCUCCACGGAGGACGCUAAGGCCCGCCUGCUGGCAGAGCAGCAGAACAAGAAGAAAGACAGCGAGACGUCCUUCGUGCCCACCAACAUGGCUGUGAACUACGUGCAGCAUAACCGAUUUUAUCACGAGGAGCUCAAUGCCCCCAUCCGGAGGAACAAAGACGAGCCCAAGGCCCGGCCCUUGCGAGUGGGCGACACAGAGAAGCCAGAGCCAGAGCGGUCCCCACCUAACCGCAAGCGUCCCGCUAACGAGAAGGCCACCGACGACUACCACUAUGAGAAGUUCAAGAAGAUGAACAGGCGGUACUGACUGCUACAAGGAUGAGCAUGCCCCCCACCGCCACCUGCUGGGGCGUCACACGGCUGCGGGACCGCUGUCAGCAAGACUGGAGCCUUCUCAUCGAUGGCAAACUCAUUUUAUAAGCAGUAGUAAAGUUUGUUUGUAAAUACUUUCUGUCAGCUUGCUCUGGAAGAACAAGCUGGAAGCAGCGCCACGGACGCGGCACCACGGCCCCCUUGAGGUCAUGCCUGUAUGGCUGCGUCUGCAGAGGCGCCCCCGCCGCGGGUGGGCCCAAUCCUAGCACUCUGCCCUGCAGCCGGGGGUCUCGAGUUUGAGCGCAGCCUCGACAUGUUAGCCAGACCCGGUCUCAGAUAAGGGUGGGGACGAAACCCACACAAAGGCUGUGGGCUCCAUCCCGUGACUCCAAGAAGCUUCUGUUGCGCAGCGCGGGUGCAACAGGCAGCAGGCAAGGCCAGGGCGGCAUCAGGGACACCGGGAUGUUCUGACUUGCACAAAGCUCCAUUUCAUUAAAAGGAUAAAGGAAUAUUUCCUUCCCACUUUUAAGAACUUAAUUAUUAAAUACAAAUCGAAUCCAGCCUCCUUGUUUGAAUCA